CCCUCCCCAAAGAUGGCGGCUGCCCCUUCGAGCUUCCCGCUCCAAGGCGCUUCUUAUUGCUCUCUGGCCCACUGUAAAGAUGGCGGCGGCCGCGGCGAGUCUGAGGCGAGCGGGUUGGGGGCUGCUACGCUGCCAAGCGGGUGAGGAGCAGCUCGGGCGGCGGCUGAGGGCGAGAAAGGGAGGGGGCCGCCUGCCAACCCCCCACUCCCUCCGCGCCCGGGAAACGGAGCCUGCGGCCGGGGCCUGAGCGGGGUUUGUGGGGCGGGGCGGGGAAAGGUGAGGCGAAGGGCAAGUGGCACCCAAGGGGCAAGGACGCCCCUGAACUCGCCUUGAGGGGCCGGGGAGGCGAUUAAUUGUGGCUCAUUUGCGCAGUUCAUGCAAUCAUUAUACGCUGUUGUGUUAAAUAACGCUCAGGGAAGAGAAAGAGCCACCGGGAUUUCUGAACCCUCCAAAACUCAACCCUUGUCAGGCUUGUGUUUGUUGCUCAUGUAUUUAUUAUUACUAAUCAUGUACAAUCAAAAUGAGAAAUCAUUUAUUUAUUUGCUUUCAGCCUCUUUACACCUGGUUUGAACGCUAAACCAUAGCUAAAAUUGGGCUAUAUAAAAUAAUUUGUUUCAUUUAUUCAUAUUUAUUUGUUGCAAUUAUAUCCCACCUUCCCCUCUCCACAAAGGAGCUUAAGGUGGCACGCAUGGUUUUGUUCCCCUCCUCAUUCAAAUCCCCACAACAACCCUGUGAGGUAGUGACUGGCCCCUAAGAUCACCCAGUGGGCUUCAUAGCUGCGUGGGGAUUUGAACACAGCUGUAGUCUAGCACACCACUUCAUCAAGGUGUGCAGAAUGCCUCUUGAAUUUGGAUGAAGGGUAAGGUUUUGACUUCCUGGGCAAGUUUAAUUCUGAGUUUCUAAAGGGUCUAUGAUGCAAAUACCAGCUUUAAUUUGAUUACUUGGAGUAUGGCUUCAGAUGAAUAUCUGUGUCUACAUAUAUGCAUUAUCCAAAUGUCUACUGAUCUGUUCACCAAGGAGCAGGAACUUACACUGAAGGGGCCUGAUGGACAUGCCAACAAAGCUAACCAACCAACCAACCAAGUUUCUUGCAUACUCACAAGCAAAUGAUUAUUUUUUUAACCCAGACUUUUGCAGUGGCAUAAAGCAACUCAGCACAUUCACUUGUUCAAUUUCACUGAACAGAAAUAUGUCCUUCUGCAACAAUCAAAGAAAAAGCAUAUUUGCCUGGACUGACAAACAUAUAGAUAAUUGCCAGUGUAAUCUGGGUAUGGGGCAAUUAUUGGCUAACGUGCCACUUGCAUUGGCUAACUUCUUUUGGCAUGUUAGGAAAGAGGCUUUCAAAGGUAAUACUUGUUUGAAGUAUCAGUGAUGUGUUGUAAAAACAGAACCCAGCCCUUUUGAGAGGACUAGAGCAUAUAGGCUUACUUUAGGUCCAAAUCUCUGCUCAUCCUUGCAAAUUUAGAAGGUAGCCUUGAAUAAGCCAUUCUCUCUUGGUACCAGGCAUUCCUAUCUCACUGGCUAGUCUCAUUGGGUUGCUUUGAUUCUAAAUUUUUAUAACUGUACUUCAAAAAUGAAGUUGAUGAGGUUAAUAAAGACAAUAGUUUGUCUUACUGAACUGGUUUCUGUUUCAGUCUUCAGACGCCAGCUAUACCCAGUGCAACGUGCCAUUCAGUCUGCAGCUGUGUUGCGGAGAGUGUCAGAUGAGCAGAAACAACAGCCCCCACAGUCUUCCACCCAGCAGCAUUUGGAGUCAGAGCCAGUGGGGGAGCAGCAUGAUCAAGAGCAUCCACACUUACACCCCAGGUAAACUGCAUUCUCCCACCACCACUUAAAGCUCUGAGAGAUCUCAUUUCCCACAAACUCACAACCAGUUCUGGCGUAAUGCUUUGUAUUGCAAGCACAAUGUGAUAUUUCUGCAUCCUUGGGGAGGCAUGUUCCUGUGAGUUCUUUUGAAGUUGGCGUCUCCUUCCCAUGCCUGUAAUCCCAGGAUGACGUGAGCAGCAUUGCAGUGUGUCUUCUUUUACUGCCCCCACAAAAUCCAUACUGAUCUUGUGAUGAGCAGAUCCCUGGAUUUAUCAGAGGAGGCAUCAAUGCCCUUGUAAAUAUUAACAGACUUGCAUUGUGUACACUGAGCAAGCAAAAGUUUGAGCACAGGAAACUGGGGGCAGCUUUUAAGUUGGCAGGAAUUAUGAAGGCAAUGGAAAAGCAAUAUGGAAGACCAAAAUUGGUAUUUGAGGGUGUGACUUUGUAUUUUUAUUCUCCUAGUUACACGGAUCAGGGAGGUGAAGAAUCAGAGGGCUAUGAAAGUGAGGAACAGCUGCAGCAUCAAAUCCUGACAGCAGCUCUGGAGUUUGUCCCCACUCAUGGCUGGACAGCAGAUGCUAUUGCAGAGGGAGCCAAGGUAGCUAUCAAGAGGACUGAUGUGCUAAGAGGUGCAGGGUGCAUCUGCAUGAGGUUCUAAACACAGCAAUGCUAACCAUGUCUACUCAGAAGUAAAUUCUGUUGAAUUCAGUGGGGCUUAAACUCAAGUAAGAGGAGUUAGAGUUACAGCCUUAGUCAGUUUUUAACUGUUAUGGUGGUCCCAGAACAAUUCUUAUUUUAUGUGGGUGCUGAGAGGUUUGCGACAAAGAACUUAAAACUUUGCAGAGCUAUAACUCUGAGAGUUGCCUGGUGGGGAGCCAUUGCAGUUAACCCAUUUUAAAGUUUGUUGGCCACAAUGGGUCCUUACCAACAAAGCACAUGCAAGACAUGACGUACGUCUUGCCUUGAGGGCUCCUACAUUCUAGGAAUCUAUGUUUCUACUUUCUGCAGAUGGAAAACAGUAAUUUGGAGGAUGUUUUUGGAUGAUAUCAUUGCAAUGCAGAGGGAUUAGCUGUAGGAUCCUUAAAAACCUACAGUGUAGAGCAGAGCUGCCUGAGUUUUAACAGCAGCAUGAAAGCUACUCUGCACAUGAGAUAGGGCCAUAAUGUAGAACGACAGUGUUGGCCACAGCAUUGUUGCUUUGCUUGGCAUGCUUGUACCAAACAGGCUGUAGAACAGUAUUGCCUGCUUUCUGGCUCCUGGGUAAUUUACUUGUUCAACCUGUUUCCCUUCUUCCUUUUAGUCACUGGGUCUCUCUGUUGCUGCAGCAGGGCUCUUUCACAAUGAUGGCAGCGAACUGAUCCUGCACUUUGUAGCACAGUGUAACUCCAAGCUGACUGAACUUUUAGAGGAGCAACACAAACUGGUGCAGCUCGGUCAAGCAGAGUGAGUACUGGUCACCACAGCUGCUGUGGGAGGUUAGUUAUUGUGCCAUCAUUUCAGGCAGAAACACAACAGGUGACAAUUGUAUGUUGACACAGAAAGCCUAACCAUGGACACUUGUGAGGUAGUUUCCCUAAUGCAUCUUGCUACCAAUUUUUGAUUAAAGAAUAAAAUCACAAUAAAUGCUCUUUUCCUUUUAAAGGAAGAAGAAGACAGACCAGUUUCUGAAGGAUGCUUUGGAGGCCAGGCUGCGAAUGUUGAUUCCAUAUAUUGAAAAAUGGCCCCAGGUACAAACCUAACAUUAUUUUUGAAAACAUGGGAUAUCCUUGAGAGUGUCACCUAUGUUCAUUGCUUUGUAUAGCAGAAUUGGUAUAUUUCUUAUAAUUCCCUGGGAAGCCAGGUGGUUGACGUUAAAGUAGGGAUUUCCACAUAUUAGGGAGGUAUUGGAAGAGUGGAGGGGAAAUAAAGUGUCUUCCCCCCCCUUCUCCCUUCCUGAACAGCUGUCCCUCUCCCCCUUGAGGCAUGAGUAGCACUACUAGGUUGCUAUUCUAGGAUGGAUGGAACCUUGAACAGAAGCACUUGUUAUGGAGGGCAGGGAUAUGCUACAACAUUGAGUUGCAGAUCACCCUUGCUGUUGUUGUUGUCCCCCCAAAUUCCUUAGAGGAAGAGUGAUUAUUUAAUUUAUGUACCACUUAAUAUAUUUAAAAUAUUUUUAAGUGGUGUACAGAAAACUGAAGCGACAACUUAAACAAAAUAUUUCAAAAAAAUACAGUUACAUAUGAAAAUGUUACAUUAUUCUAAUAUAAAAAAUAAUAUAUAUAAUAUAUAAAAAUCAGUAUCAAUUCAUUUCCCUUCUGACACACACCACCCUCUCAGCCUCCGAGUUCUCAUCCAGGGACCAAACAAACUCAGUUUACCCACAAAAGUCUCACUAUGAGAAGAGUUCCUGGAAACAGCAGACAUCACCAAACUUUUUUCAAAGAGGGCCAGAUUUGAUGAAAUGAACAUGUGUGAGGGCCAACCAAAGUUGUUGAGCUUUUUUUAGGGGCCAGAUUAAAUCGACUGGCGGGCCAGAUUUCUGGGUGGGUCCAAGGUGAAUGAUACUUCCUGAAGCUGCCCAUGGCUGUGUCCCAUUCAGCUCCACUCUCCACACCCAGUUCCAGGUACAGCAGGUUUAUUCAGCUUUCCAGGGGGUCCAGAGGAUGGAAAGAGGGCCCCUUCCACUCAAUGGCUCUUUCUUCACCCUCUGUCCUCAGCUGCUUGUACCUGUCUCUGUUUAUCCAGUCAACAGUGCUCUCAUGUUGAUUAGGGUGAGAGAUGGUAACCUGACCGGAGUGCGGGGUGGGGAAGCAAUUCUUUUCACUUUUUCAGAUCCUAAGGGCCUUUAGUAGCAGUCAUCUUCUUGGAAUCACAAAAUAGCAAACAUAUCCAUAAUUUAUUUUUCCUAUUCAAGUAUGAUAGGAAAUUCAAGCUUGAGUUAGAUUGCCCCGGUAUCAAAGUUUGAACUGGAUUUCUCUGUGAAUUGCUUUAGGGCUCUGGUGGCUGCCAUUGCUAGGUUCUUACAGUAAUAAAAAGCAUUAUCAAUGUUUUCUGUCCCAUAAGAUGGGCACAGGCACGAGAGUUGAAGCUAUGAUGUAUGCAGAAAUGGCAAGGAAUCAGUACUGGGAAGACUUAUAUAGCAGGGAUAGCCAACAUGGUGCCCUCCAGAUGUUGCUGAACUACAGCUCCCCUCACCCCUGACCAUUGGCUAUGCUAUCUGGGGUUGAUUAGACGUCCAAAAACAUGAUGGAUUACUCCUGCUGCAGAUGAAAAAAAAGGUGUAUGGAAAAGAGGGGAGGAAAGUGUGGUGAAGAGUGUUUCUCCUUGCCUCAUUAAUUUAUCUGGCUUUUACUUCUCCCUAGGCUAUUAGUGUGCUGUUGCUGCCGCACAAUAUCCCAGCCAGCCUAAACCUCCUGACGAGCAUGGUGGAUGACAUGUGGCACUAUGCAGGAGACCAGUCCACCGAUGUAAGUCUGAGCAUGACACAGAUGUUGAUAGGACUUUGGGGAGCAACAGGAAAGCUUGCAUGAUAAAUACAUUCUGGGCUGUGCUUGGGAAAUUACACAGUUCAAACACUUGCAGUGCUAAAAAGCUUUCAGGAUUUUGGUUUCCAAAGAGCUUGGGGUUAUGAUAGUCCCUCUUUAUUGCAUUAGCAACAGUCACUCGCUGAAAAAGGAGGACACAAGGAGGAUACAGCUCUUAAGUGCCAAGGGUCCAAAAAAGCCCUGUAGGUAGGAUCAGAACCAUUGUAACACAGGGCCCCCCAUACUCAUACCAUGGAGCUGAUCUAGGAUGAUACCAUGGUCGAUGGUAUCAAAAGCUGCAGCAAGAUUGAGAAAGAGCAAAGUUGCACUCCCUUUGUUCUGUUCUCGAUAAAGAUCAUGCAUCAGGGUCCCAUGACCAGACCUGAACCCAGAUUGAAACAGGACUAGAUAAUCCAUAUAAGCCAAGAGUGCCUGCAGCUGCCUUGCCACGACUCUCCAUUACCUUCCUUAAAAGUGGGUAUUUGUUACUGGUUGGUAGUUAGCUCAGACUAAACCAGCGGAUAGAGAGCUGGCUUCUUUAGAAGUGGCUGCACUGCUGCCUGUUUCAUAGUGGUGGGGACUACUGCCUCACACAGUGACUCAUUAAUCCCACCCAGCUAAUCAGAUCCCCUCUGCUAGUUUUAAUAAAGCAACAAGGGCAGGGCUCAAGAGGCCAUUCGCUUGGGCAUAGAGUUGCAAGCACCUUGUACAUAUCGUCAGUCUGCAUAAGCUAAAAUUAAAUAUGCAGCUCAUCCAAGUGUGUUUGGGCAGGUAAGGAUAAUGGGUGACUGGGCUCUCACUGGCCCUCUGCUUAGUGGUGUGCCCAGUCAUUAAAUUAAAACAAAAACCAGACUUGAGUUACAAUGUUUAUAUAUCAUUUUUCUUGAAGACACCUAAGGUGAGAAAAUAAAGCCUUAUAAAAAUUAUUAAAAGAAACAUAAUAAUGCAAACUAAAACAACCAAAUCAAAGCAGACAGCACUUCUAGAACUGGAUAUAUUUGAAACUGACAGAAUAUUAGCUGACAGUACUGUGUAAGGUUUUUUAAUUAUAAAAUUGUUUUCCUUUUAUAGAAAGAAACAAAGUGGAAUGUAUUUAUUUAAGUGACACACACACAGAGUUGAACUGGCCAUUUGCCACAGUUCUGCUGCUCAGUAUCCCACCUCCAGCCGGGACAACAGAAAGUGAUGGAUGUUCUUUGAAAACUCGUAAGCAGCUCCCUAAAAAUACCCAGUGCUUAUGAGAGCCAUCAACUUUCUGGCAGGAAAUAAUAGCAAAGUAAAUUAUAUCUUAAUUAAAGCAAUUAAUGAAUUACUUGACCUAUUGCGUUUACAUAAGUAAGGGGUAGGAAAAGCUUAGUGGGUCUUGUUAAUGAAUGACUUUAAUAAACUUGUGUGAGGAUAAAAUAGCAGCCACUGCAGUGACAAAUAAGUAGCACACAGACAAAUUAAAGGAAUAAACCAGAAAGCCAAAUAAAAGACAGUGCUCACACCAGGAAACUAAGGAUCUUUUUGGAGUAUGCAAAUUGUGGAUGAACUUGUUAAAAUAUUCAGCCUUACAAAUAGUGCUUAAUUUUCUUCCCUCUCCCUCUCCCUCUCCCCCUCCCCCCGAGCUUUCUUGGAAACUGGAAAAGUAUCUUUGCGUUGCUGGCAGGACUUAAUUGCAACUAUUGUGGCUGGCACCAGAUAUGUUCAUUAGGUAGUUGCAAAAGAAUCCAGUUUUCCACUUUGGUUAACGACAGUUCGAGAAAUGAUAAAAAGAAAUAGGAGAAUGUCGUUUGUUAUAAUGGAUUUUGAGUGACAUGUUUUUUGAAGUUUCAACAGGCUGAAUGAUAUAGUAAUUGGUUCUCAGCUGUGGUGUGCCUAACAUAGUUUUAUGUAACCUGUGAACUGAUUAAUGCCCCAAACAGAUGCUGGUUCAAUAAUAAUCUCUACUUUGCUGAUCUGGAGGAUCCCGACUGUCCUUUUUGUGUUUUUUUGUGUUAAUCCCUGGUUUACAUGCUUGAUAGACAGGUACUGGGGUGAUUUCUUGGGCAAAAUUUCUAUUCUACUAGAAGGUAUGUGCCGAAUUAUUUUCAGAGGGUUGUUUAAUUGUUUAAGUGAAAUCCUGAACAUAUGUAUACAAAAGUAAGUACCACCAAGUUCAAUGCAAUAUGCUUCCAUAUAAAUAGACAUAGGAUUGUAGUCCUUGUAUGUUGCAAUAAAAAGACAGAAUAUUGUGACACCUUCAACAUUUAUUGUCUGUGGGGUUUCAUGCGGCUGGUUUACCAGCUAGUUUGACUGAACUUCGUGCUUUGGGGCUAGUUACUAGGCUAACAUGGAGCAAGGCCAGUUUGUUUUUCAGCUCAGCAGUGGUGGUUGGUGGUGUUUUUAAAGCUAGGAUGGUGAAUACAGAGAUUUUGCACUGGGCUGUGAUCCAGUAGUCUGUAGAAAUAAAUGAGCUGUGCAAUAGAGACCCGUGAAAAUCUGCUGGGUCCCAUUUACAUACUAGAAUCUUUCAUCCGUCAGUCCUAGGAAGGAGUGAUGCUUCAGCACAAAAUAAUCACACAGCUCUACAUUUGCUGAGUUUUAAUAAUAAUAGUAAUAUGCUGCCCAUCAGACAGCUUUGCCUCAGCCGCUCUGGGCAGCUCCCAACAGAAUUCAUUGCAGAAUCCAGCAAUUCUUGGUGAAUAAUUUGGGUUCACUUGUCACAGAAAUCUAGGUUUAAAAAUAAUAAUAAUGCAGGGUUUAAGUGCUAUGUCUACUGGUCAUGGAUGGGAUAGUUUCAUAUUGGUAUAGCCUGUGAAGUCUUAAUUUCUUACAGGUACUCAUGUAACUUUGUCUCUUGGUUUCUACCCUUACAGAUAAACUGGUACACUCGUCGAGCAGUGCUUGCUGGCAUUUACAACACUACAGAGCUAGUGAUGAUUCAGGACUCCUCUCCUGACUUUGAGGAGACUUGGUCCUUCUUACAAAACAGAAUAGCUGAUGCCAUGAACAUGGGGCACACAGCUAAGCAGGUGAUGCCUUAAUAAUCCAUUUAUAAACAGCACAGUCUUCUGUGGCACAUGUGAACUGUAGCUUUGGUCAUACUUUCAUAUGUGUGUGUUUAAACCCCAGAAGUAACUUCACGUGACUGUUAAAGCCAGCCUUCCUCAACCUGCUGUCCUCCAUUUUUUUUUUGGGCUACAAUGCUCAUCAGCCCCAGCUAGCUUGGUCAUAUAAUGCUGGAGCUGAUGGGAGUUGUAAACCAUAACUUCUGUAGGGCACCAGAUUGGGGAAAGGCCAGUUUAAGCCAAAGGUGGGGAACCUUUAUGGGGUUAAGGACUCAUUCGCUUGGGGGGAAAGUGGGUAGGACAAGAGUCAGGUGGGCUAAUGGAAGGCACCUUUUUUUUGCCUCUGCUCCAUUCAUAAACAUCCGUUCAUCCAUCUCCCCCAUUUGCAAACAUACAACUAUUCACACAUCCAUCCAUUCACAUACCUCUAAACAUUUAUGACACACAUAUUUUGCAAAUAAUUAGGAUUUGGGUUCAGAAUAUUUUUUUAAUUGAUUGUUACAUCUUAUGAAUGCUAAAUUGUAUUCUUAGUCUAAUUUAGGAGAUUUAAUGCUUAGCUGCUGUCACACAGUGUUCUGUGUAGAGCUACUGGGAAUUCUAGAAGCAAGUUUUCAUGGAUUCAGAUUUGGGGAGAUGGGUGUGGGGAAGAGAACUGUGCCUUUUAUAGCCCCAAACCAACCAUUUUGUUGGCUAUUGGCUCACUCCUCUCUGCCCAGUGCACCAAUCUAGCCUCCAUAAUCCUCAAUUUUUCCUGGGUGUUCCACAAGAACAUGCGCACAGUCCUGAGGUCCUAUGACAGGUUUUAUCCAAUGCUAGUCAUACUUUGGGUAGACCCAUUGAAAUUAAUGGAAGUGACUAACUAGAGUCCAUUAAUUUCAGCUCUAAGUAAAACAUAGGUGGAUACAACCAUUCAUGUAUAUACACUCAUAGUGGCAGCUGAAGUGGAUGGGCCAAAGCCUACCUGAAGUUUCUCUCUCAUUCUCCUCUCCACAAUCCAUCAGAAAGAUGAGAGUGCUGGAGGCAGGCAGGCACUUCUCCUCAGAUGGCACUGCUUCAAUCUCCACAUGCUGUUAUCUUAUGAGAGUUCCCUAUGUACCUAUCUGCCUGCCUCCAGCUCUCUCUGCCUUCUCUUUCCAUCUCCCUCAUUUUUUCUCGUGGCUGCAGUUUGAUCAUGGUGAGAGCAAGAGAGAUGGAGGAGAGAGAGAGAGUGGUAGGCAUGCAUGUGAGGUCAGAGGCAUGGCAACAGAGUGCUGUAGCUAGAGUGCCUUUUGGAAAGAUGUUCCAGUCUAGUCAUUAUGCUCAGGUGUCUCAUUUUGUUGGUGUGCCUGCCGGCCUGUCUGCCUGCAGUGCUCUUGUCCUGUCUACCUGGUUCACCUUGUGGCUGUGAUUACAUUGCAGCAAGGGGAAUGUGAGAGACUUAAAGUGAGAAGAGAGACCCUGGAGUCUGGGAUGCACAGAUGAAGAAGCUCUGGCAGACCAAGCCCAGUCCACCAGUUCCCCAUCCCUUAGUCCAGGGUUAGGGAACCAUUAUCCUGUUUGCUGAGGGUGCAUUUCUUCAGGGCUAGUUUGUUAGGGGCCAGAGCCAAAGUGGUUGGAAUUUGCAGCAUCACAGGAUUUAAUAGGUCUCCCCCUCUCUCCUCCAUCACUCUUUGUUUCAUCUUUCCUCUGUUUCCCACCCUCUCCCACAGGUUGGAACUAAUUGUUUGUCACAGUCUUUCCCCUCCCCCCACCCUUUUCAUUGCUCAUUCUAUUUUGGCUCUGUCCCAUUUAUGGUAUUUUCCCCUGGCACACACUGUCUCUUUCUCUCUGUCUCUCUCCCACACACAUACACCUGACAUAUAUGGGGAAGUGAUACCCAGAGGGAUGGCAAAGAGAACAAGAGUAGACCUGCAGUGUUUGGAGGGUCACAUGUAAUUAAGCAGCCGCCAGGUCGUAGGUCCCCCUUUGGCUGAGCUGAAACCUGCUUUGCCUUGCCAAUUAGGAGUGCAUUUUAAGACUCCUUAAUGUGCAUUGGCAACCAGGUCUCUACCUACUUGCCCCUGACAUUGCAUAGGAUAUCAGAUGUGAGGGGGCAUGUGGGUGUAGUUUGGGGGGGAAAUGGCCAAAGAUUCUACACCCCUGCAUUAAAAACACGCAGCAUUUUGCUGACAAAGUCAGAACCGUUUUUCAGACAGGUACACAGAUUGCCGGGCAAAGUCUAGCACUACCCCCAUCUGUGCAACAUAUGAAAAGGCUCUGGUGGCACAUACUAGGCCCUGCCUACGUGCUGUGGUGAUAGCAUUGGAAAGAACCAUUACAUUAUCACCCACAUAGUUGCAGUCAAUCCAUCUGUGCAGCUUCUCAUAACUUUGCAAUGCUUCGCUCUCAUACAGGCCCUGGUGGAGAAUGUAAGUUAAUUAUUCACAUUAAGGAGAAGAAGUGGCACUCAAUGCGAUACACUUUAUUGGUCUCUGAAUUAAAUCGGACUAAUUUGCUUAGAAAAUCUUCCUGGAGAUUUCUAAGCAAGUCUUUUGUUAGUGCUGGAGCUGCUGCUGUGAUGUUAAUCAAUUGCGUUUGUUUCAAUUGUGCCUGGUGUUUGCUGUAUACGUGCAGGUCUUUGGAUCCCGCUGAGAUCCUAAGAUUGCAUGUCACUGUAGUGCCGUUUCAGGUUUCUACAGAUACUUCCGGCCAAAUAGCAUGUACUUGCUGUCAGCUCUAUCACUGUAGAAUAACUCUUAGGAAGCAGCCUUAUGCUGAGUCAGACAGGACUCUUUCUCAGCCCUGUCAGAAACUGAACAUGGCUCACUCUACAUGCAGAGCAGAUGCUCUGCCACUGAGCUACAGCCUUUCCAUAUUGGGCUGGCCCACCAAUGCAAAACCAGCACAAAGCAGAAUAUCUCAGUGCCUGUGUUUGUUUCCUAGGUUCAGGCAACAGGAGAAGCCCUUGUCCAGGGACUGAUGGGUGCUGCUGUCACUGUAAGUAAUGCCAGACAUAGGAUUUCCUCAGGUUGUUGCAUACCAAACAGCUCCCCCCCCCCCCGGAAAAUUAUGGAUGCAAUAAUGGAUGUGGAGGAAUGCAAAGGGAAAUGGUUGCUUGUAUGAUUAUUUUUUUUUAAAAAAAGAGAGGAUCUGCGAGGUAGUCUUACUUGCAGAAUUUCCCAUUUUAAUCUGUAUGGAUGCGUUUGUGCACAAUGUUUUUCAUUACUCAAGAAUCCUUCAAACAGCAGAGGUAUAUAAAGCCAGCUUGGGAUCAAAUUACUUGCAGGAUCGCCUUACUCAUAUAUGCCUAUUCAGCUGCUUCAAUCUGCAGAACUGGAGCUGUUACAGAAGCCACAUAAUACUUGAGCAGCAUUUGUAAGAAAUUGGUUUUUUUAGUGUGGCAGCACAUAAACUUUGGAAUUCCCUGCCUAUUUGUAUUAGGCAGGCACCUUCCCUAUACCCUCAGUGCCUGCGUAGAACAUGUUUGUUUAGGUAAGCCUGUUCAGCCAUGUAGAAUAUCGACAUGUAUUUUUUAUUUUUUGCUAUAGUUGAUUUUAAUUAUAUUUUAAAUAUCUGUUUUUAUGGAUAUUUUCAGUGUUUUGUUUUAUAUAUUGUUAAACCGCUUAGAGGUUUUUUACAAAUCCAUCAGCAUAUACAUUUUGUUAAACAAAUCCAGAAUAAAAUGUUAAAUUGGUUAGUUAGUGAGCAACCAGAAGAAAUGUAGGAAUUCUCUCUAUAAUCUGUUGCUGCCCGAUGCCCUUCCUUGAAAGCUGUUGCCUUCCAAUUUUUAUCUUCCCAGUCCACUUUCCUGCCAAGCUAUCUGUGUGUGUUAUGCAGGGUUCUGGUGUAUGUUUUGGGGCAACAUGUUCAUGUCCUCCAGAGUACUGACAGGCCUAUUUGGGCCUCACUUUCCAUCCCAAGUGAAUGGGAACAUGCCCUGAAACACAUGGUGCAUGUUUCAGAGAAAUUUUGUUAAGGGGUGGGGGCAAGCUUUUUUUCAGAAAAGGUUGCUCACCUUAUUGAUCUUAUUCUCAAUGAGGGACUCCUUCCCUGUAAUGCCAUUUGAAAACCACAGCUUGCUAGAGUUACCUUUCCCAGUCAUAAGGAGCAGUGGCAUAUUCCUAUGCUGCCUCUUUGCAGCAAGUAAUUUUCUCAUUGGCCUUAUAUUUAAUGACAUAUUAUUUGUGAACCAAACAGAUAAGGAAUCUCACAGGACUGAACCAACGUCGAUAAGAUGGAAGAGUUGGGAGAGGGAGUUCCAAGACCCAAAAAGAGGAGGAAUCCCAUCGCAAGAAGUUUAAACUGUUUCCACAAUUUUUCUAGUACUAUUAAAACACACAUUAAAGGUUGUCAGCCUAGCGUGAGAACCUUUUUUCCUGGGCUGUGUAAAUGUCACAACCUGGUUUUCUGGUGAUGAUGCCGCUCCUGAUGCUUGACCCAGUCAGCAAAAACUAAUAAUUAGGGAGGGUCCAUUUUUAGAAGAUUAUGUGAAUGAAAGUUGGUAACCAAAAGUGUCUUGCUUUCAUUCACCCCCACAUUUGCUAUCUAUGUGUCUGACUCAGAGGUUGCUGCAUCAUUGGGAGACAUGGCCAGCACGGUGCCAAAUUUAGUGGUUCUGCUCCAACUCUCAAUACAUUUCUGCUCAGGAAGGAUCACAUCAUCACUGUAGGCUUCUGUUGAUGUUUUGUCACUGCUUUCAGUUCUCUUCCAGGACUAUUUGCAUGAAAGCUGAUGGCAACUAUAGCUUGAAAGCCCAGCUAUCGAAUAGCCAUCAGAGUUCUAUUGCAAAUGUAUAAUUUUCUCUGUUCCUGGACACUGACAUGUCUGUAAAUUAAUAAUAAUAAAAAUUCAAACUGCCUUCUGUGUAACAGUUUGCAGCUUCUUCAUUCUGAG